GGCGUGGAAACGGGGUGAUUGGCAGAGGUGGAAGGAGGCCGGGCGCCGCAGGGUCUUUUCUUCCCCAAGGUUCUUUCUUUUUCCAGCGCGGAGUCUGUACAGCACUCAGCUGCAUCUGAGGACCGCGCCCCACAGAGCCUCCCGGGACCGAGCUGAGGGGAGCGGGCGCGGGGAGAGCCUGCCCGGGGCGCCUGUGUGCAUUUCGUUGGCACUAUACCAGCCUUCGGAGCUGUCUGGGGUAGACGCGCACCCAGUGUAUGCAGCUCCACAGACUUGGCACCUAACUUGCUGUGUGUAUUGGUUGCUUGUGUGGAAUCCCUAACCCCUUUGUGGGGUACCAGGAGGCAGGAUGUCUCAGUGGUAUGAGCUGCAGCAGCUGGACUCCAAAUUCCUGGAGCAGGUUCACCAGCUUUAUGAUGAUAGUUUUCCUAUGGAAAUCAGGCAGUACCUGGCUCAGUGGCUAGAAAAACAAGACUGGGAACAUGCUGCUUAUGAUGAUUCAUUUGCCACCAUUCUUUUCCAUGACCUCCUGUCUCAGCUGGAUGAUCAGUACAGCCGCUUUUCUUUGGAGAAUAAUUUUUUGUUGCAGCAUAAUAUAAGGAAAAGCAAGCGGAACCUUCAGGAUAAUUUUCAAGAAGAUCCGGUGCAAAUGUCUAUGAUCAUCUACAGCUGUCUGAAGGAAGAAAGGAAGAUUUUAGAAAAUGCCCAGAGAUUUAAUCAGGCUCAGGCGGGGAAUAUUCAGAACACUGUGAUGUUAGACAAACAGAAGGAACUUGACAGCAAAGUCAGAAAUGUGAAGGACCAAGUUAUGUGCAUAGAGCAUGAAAUCAAGACCCUAGAAGAUUUACAAGAUGAAUAUGACUUUAAAUGCAAAACCUCACAGAAUAGAGAAAGUGAAGCCAAUAGUGUAGCAAAGAAUGACCAGAAACAGGAACAGCUGCUGCUCCACCAGAUGUUUUUAAGGCUUGACAACAAGAGAAAGGAGAUAGUUCACAAAAUAAUAGAGUUGUUGAAUGCCACUGAACUUACCCAGAAUACCUUGAUUAAUAAUGAGCUAGUGGAGUGGAAGCGAAGACAGCAGAGUGCCUGUAUUGGGGGACCGCCCAAUGCUUGCCUUGAUCAGCUGCAGAGCUGGUUUACUAUUGUCGCAGAGAGUCUGCAACAGGUUCGUCAGCAGCUUAAAAAGCUGGAAGAGUUGGAACAGAAGUAUACCUAUGAGCAUGACCCUAUCACAAAAAAUAAACAGGGGUUGUCAGAACGCACCUUCAUCCUCUUCCAGCAGCUCAUUCAGAGCUCAUUUGUGGUGGAAAGACAGCCGUGCAUGCCAACUCAUCCUCAGAGGCCACUGGUUUUGAAGACUGGGGUACAGUUCACUGUGAAGUUGAGACUGUUGGUGAAAUUGCAAGAGCUGAAUUAUAAUUUGAAAGUCAAAGUCUCAUUUGAUAAAGAUGUGAACGAAAGAAAUACAGUAAAAGGAUUUCGGAAGUUCAACAUUCUGGGCACACAUACGAAGGUGAUGAACAUGGAGGAGUCCACCAAUGGAAGUCUGGCAGCCGAAUUUCGACACCUGCAAUUGAAAGAACAGAAAAAUGCUGGCAACAGAACUAAUGAGGGUCCUCUCAUUGUUACUGAAGAGCUUCACUCCCUUAGUUUUGAAACCCAGUUGUGCCAGCCAGGCUUGGUAAUUGACCUUGAGACUACCUCUCUGCCAGUUGUGGUGAUCUCCAACGUCAGCCAGCUCCCCAGUGGUUGGGCCUCCAUCCUGUGGUACAACAUGCUGGUGGCAGAACCCAGGAAUCUGUCCUUCUUCCUGAACCCACCAUGUGCACGGUGGUCUCAGCUAUCAGAGGUUCUGAGUUGGCAAUUUUCAUCUGUCACAAAGAGAGGACUCAACGCAGACCAGCUGAACAUGUUGGGAGAGAAGCUCCUUGGUCCUAAUGCUGGCCCUGAUGGUCUUAUUCCGUGGACAAGAUUUUGUAAAGAGAAUAUUAAUGAUAAAAACUUUUCCUUCUGGCCUUGGAUUGACACCAUCCUAGAACUCAUUAAGAAACACCUGCUCUGCCUCUGGAAUGAUGGAUGUAUCAUGGGCUUUAUCAGCAAGGAAAGAGAACGUGCUCUGCUCAAGGACCAGCAGCCAGGGACCUUCCUGCUUCGGUUCAGCGAGAGCUCCCGGGAAGGAGCCAUCACAUUCACAUGGGUGGAACGGUCCCAAAAUGGAGGCGAACCUGAUUUCCAUGCAGUUGAACCCUAUACAAAGAAAGAACUUUCUGCUGUUACUUUCCCUGAUAUUAUUCGCAAUUAUAAAGUCAUGGCUGCUGAGAACAUUCCAGAGAAUCCUCUGAAAUAUCUGUAUCCCAAUAUUGACAAAGACCAUGCCUUUGGAAAGUAUUACUCCAGGCCAAAGGAAGCACCGGAGCCAAUGGAACUUGAUGACCCUAAACGAACUGGAUACAUCAAGACUGAGUUGAUUUCUGUGUCUGAAGUCCACCCUUCUAGACUUCAGACCACAGACAAUCUGCUACCCAUGUCUCCCGAGGAGUUUGAUGAGGUGUCCCAUGAGGUGUCCCGGAUAGUGAGCUCUGUAGAAUUUGACAGUAUGAUGAGCGCAGUAUAAACAUGAAUUUCUCUCUUUGGAGACAUUUUUCUUCCCAUCUGUGAUUCCCUCCUGCUACUGUUCCUUCACAUGCUAUGUUUCUAGGGAAAUGCAAGAAAGGACAGCAAAGUUACUGCAUGCACCCUGUUAAUAGCAAGUGGAUAUUUCUCUAAUUCAGAAACAUGUUACUCUGAAGGGCAUCAUGCAUCUUACUGAAUGUGAAGUGGAAAGUCAAUCUAUGAAAAGUGGAUUUUGCAAACAAAAAAGAAAGAUACAUCCAAAGCAUCAGGAUUAGAGUCAGUCUUUUGGGAAAGGUGAGAAGUCUAGCAACAUCCAGUAAAUGCUUUGAUAAAGUCAGUUCCCAACUCUUAUGUCAUUGGAUAGAUAUAGUUACAUGGGGAACGUCUUGAUGUAGGAAUGAUACAUUUCUGUUCUAGAAAAUUUUUUUGUAUUCAUUUUGCUUUAUGGCUGGAAGUCUUCCAUUGUUUGCCAUACGGCACAGUUCAAAGCCAAGCUUAUGUCGAAUGGUAUAUCAACACUAUAGCGGACAUCCUUCAUCCACAUAUGAGGAAACGGUUGUGUUCUUUAUUACAUCUUCUGCAGUGGCCAUUUAAAACUAAAGACACAGUCUUGCUGUCUUGAGAGAGGUAGCUUUUUUGUUGGUUACGAGUGAAUGCAGCUGACUAAUAUCAACAGAAGGAAGUACAUUUUCCAGAUUGAUGAGUAGUGUUUUCUGCUUGCUCUGUAUUCUACCAAGCAAGUGUUUUCUGCUGUCAUUUUGGUCACCAAUUGAAUAAAAUUGUCUUGGCACUUUCACUAAGGGAGCCAGCUCCCUUAAGGCAAAUCUUUUUUUAAAGUUGAAAUUACAAGAUGUAGAUAAACCCAGCAAUUUAAUUCAUGUUUCUUAAGUGAACUAGUUUGUCUUUAUUGUUUUUGAACUAAUAGUCUUAAUUAGACAUAAAAUGGAGAGACAAGGAGACAAAGUGGUAAUUGAUUUGAGUCAUGAAACAAAUAUGAGAAUCAACUUCAAAACUUGUCCUAUGUAACUGCAUUGAAAACUGUGUAUUUUUCACUGA